UCUUGUAGAAUCUCGGUUCUGGUUCCAACUCGAUCACCGCAGAGCUCGUCAGCGCUCGGUGACCUUCAUCUACUUCCUCCUUGCUCAUCUUAAUAAUAACAUAUUUUUAUAGCGCCUUCAAGGAGCCCGAGGACGCUUUACCCCAUUAUUAAAGACUGUUUGUACGUGAGUAUUUACAUUUUAUGCUACUUUGUACUGCAGUAUAUUUAUUUGAUGACACUAGUUACUUUGCAGAUUUACAAUAAUACAAAAGAAGAUGAAUCUAAAGUUAUUAAAAUGAGCUCCACCUUCAGUGUUAAAGUGAUGAACACAUGAAGGUGAAAUGGUGAGUUAGCAGCAGUCCUAGUUUGGAUGCUGGGCUUGCUGUUCCCACAGUUUGUGUUUUAAUGUAAAGCACAUUAAGUUAUCUUUAAUGUAUCCAUAUCAUUUCUGUAUCAUAUUUUAUAAACAUAUCAGAUCAUAUGUUGUCUAUGAAAAGAAGUCACGUGCAAAGUAACUAUAAUUGUAGAAAAGAUUUUCAAAAUAAAACCAGGACACUAGUGCACACGCUCUCAUUUAUGGCUUUAAUAUUAAUAAUAUAUCAAUAAGAUAACGCAGUGAAAGGGGACACUCUGCACCAUCAGUACUUUUACAGUAUUUUACUGAUUCUGAAAUAAGAAGUUGUUACAACAGAAAAUCUAAAUAUAAAGGAGUGUGUGUGGAAGUGAAUUAAAUACUUAUAGUGAUUAUUAGUACUUCACUCUACUUUUAUUUUACUACUUUUACUCGUUCUGAGUACUUUUAACAGCACCGAGUUUAUUUCCUUUAUUGAAACUCCGCAGGAAUAACAACAGGUUGUUAAGUCACUUCCUGCUGUUAGAGUUUCCUCUUCCGCUGCGGCGUCCGCAUCGGCCAGACUUAAUCAAUACAGAAUCAGAAGCAUCGAUCCGGGCUGAGGAGCGGGGGACGCGCUGCGGAGCUGAUGGUCUCCGAGCCUGCGGUGAGAAACCCCGCUGACCUCCGUCCGUCUGCGUGUUUGGGGAAAGUGAAAGGAAAAGAUCUCGAGCAGAGGACAGCAGUUAGAAAGGGUGUAUUUUGCGUGUUCCGGGUACUUUAAAGCAUCCAGACGCAGCGCGCGCUGCGCGCAGCGAGGGCGGCUGCGGGGAUUCCCCUGCACGCGCGCGCGCACGCGCACAGCCCGCCUCACCCGCAGGUACCUCGCUGCUUUCAUUGACGUCACUCCGAAGGUGCUGAUGGUCAUUAGCGAUACAGGGUCACAUGUAACCGCGCGCGCAUCCUCAGCACGUGUAGGAGCCGCUCAGCUAAUGGUCUGUCCUCCUGCAGACUAAUGGCAGCAGCGGAUACAAAGCCUGGAGGAUCUGAGGAGUCCAGUUUGCGGUCUGAGGAGUCCGUGAUGAGGUCCCAGGAGUCGAGGCUGGGGUCCGAUGAGUCCAGGCAGAGGUCAUCGGGCUCUGUCAGCUCCUGGGAGUCGGAACUGACCACCAUCCAGCACUCCCUGAAGUUUGUGUUGACGCUGAAGGAAGAGUUUGUUUGUCCCGUCUGCAGAGGAGUCGUUCUCAACCCUCAGCAGAACUCCUGCGGACACAUCUACUGCUUCCACUGCCUGCAAGGACUGCUGGAGAGUUCAUCACCGUCCAGCCCCGUUUGUCCAGUGGACGGCGUUGAGAUCACGCCAGCUGAGGUUUUCCAGGACAACUGCUGCAAACGGGAAAUCUCAAAUUUAGAAGUGUACUGCACCAACUCUCCGGCCUGCAGCUCCGUCGUCACGUUACACCAUCUGCAGGACCACCUGCGGUCGUGUCAGUAUGAGCAGCUGCAGUGCUGCAAUCCAGGCUGCGAGACGGUGCUACAGAGGAGAUACCUGCAGGAACACCUGACCAACACCUGUCCUCACCGCUUGGAGCCCUGCCUCCACUGCCAGCAGCCGCACCGACUCAGCCUCAUGCAGGCUGAAGAGGAAGUCACACAGCUUUAA